AUUUUGUUCUCUCUGCUAGUCACAGUCAAAUGAGUCAGCUACCUUAUAUUCGAUUUUGAGCGUCCUUAAAUUCCUUCACUGUGAGAAAAAACACAGAGAAAGAGAGAGAAACAAUGGAAACGGAAGGAAGAAGACGAGAAGUGGUUGUUUCAUCUCUCCAAUUCGCUUGCUCCGACGAUAUCUCCACCAAUGUCGCCGCCGCUGAGCGGUUCGUCUCUCUCUCUUCCUCCCUCCCUCUCUCUAAUUAUCAAUCUCUCCCAUCUUCCUCCUCCUUCAAAUUUCCAUAUGCGUAUAAGCUUCUCGAGCAAUUUAUUGUGAUCACGGACCUUUGGAAUCGAACUAUUCAAUUUCAAGCUCUGAUAUAGAUUCCCCCGUUCGAAUCCGAUUUCAGUAUCUGAGAAUGGAAUUGUUUACAUUUUACGCAGAUUAGUCAGAGAAGCUCACGCUAAAGGAGCUAAUAUCAUUCUUAUUCAGGAACUUUUUGAAGGAUAUUACUUCUGUCAAGCACAAAGAGAAGACUUCUUUAAGCGAGCCAAGCCUUACAAGAACCAUCCUACCAUUGCAAGGAUGCAGAAGCUGGCAAAGGAAUUGGGUGUAGUGAUACCUGUUAGUUUCUUUGAGGAGGCAAAUACUGCACAUUACAAUUCGAUUGCUAUAAUUGAUGCUGAUGGAACUGACUUGGGAAUUUAUAGGAAGUCUCAUAUUCCUGAUGGACCUGGUUAUCAAGAGAAGUUUUAUUUCAAUCCUGGAGAUACUGGCUUUAAGGUUUUCCAGACGAAGUUUGCUAAAAUUGGAGUGGCUAUAUGUUGGGAUCAGUGGUUUCCUGAGGCAGCUCGAGCUAUGGUUCUACAGGGUGCUGAAAUACUGUUUUAUCCCACUGCUAUUGGUUCUGAACCUCAAGACCAGGGAUUGGAUUCGCGUGAUCAUUGGAGGAGAGUUAUGCAAGGGCAUGCUGGAGCUAACGUGGUACCUCUAGUAGCCUCAAAUCGCAUAGGGAAGGAAAUAAUUGAAACUGAGCAUGGACCUAGUCAGAUCACUUUCUACGGAACUUCCUUCAUUGCCGGACCAACAGGUGAAAUUGUGGCCGAGGCAGAUGAUAAAUCGGAAGCUGUUCUUGUAGCACAGUUUGAUCUUGAUAUGAUCAAGUCGAAAAGGCAAAGCUGGGGAGUGUUCCGUGACCGUCGUCCAGAUUUGUACAAGGUGCUUCUUACUAUGGAUGGUAAUCUCUAAAUCUUUUGCUGUUGGAAGCUUUGAUCUUUUGUUUAAGAUCACACUGGGGAAAUCCAUUAACAACAAUUAUUACUGGCUUAACCUUAAAGGGUAAGUAAGCCCAAAAAUAAAAGACCAGAAAAAGUUUAAUACAUCUCAAAAUUUGUUCUGGCACUUUCAUCUUUCUAGGUUGUCAUAUGGAAAAAAAUUCGAUACGUUUAUAUAAACACUAAUGCAUAAGUUGUAUUUGGAACAAUUAGCCUAAGUUACAUGCACCUUCGAUAACGAAAAAGAGAAAUCAAUCGAAACACAU